CAGGAAAUGUGAGCACCAGGAAGUAGACAGAACUGCUCUUGGGGAGAGUUGUUGAGUCGCCAAAAUAACUACAGGGGGGGGAAAAGUUAAAAGAUCUUAAACACACAAACAGACAGCAGAGUUUAAAGAAAGUCAAGAAAGACGCUGCAGAGGAAGUUUAAGGUGGGGAGGCCAUGAAUCGGGUCCCGCUGCAGCAGCCGCAGACCUGCGGCCCGUGGGAGCUGAAGGAGAGGCUCGGCACCGGAGGCUUUGGGAACGUCACAAGAUGGCAAAAUAAGGACACGGAGGAGCAGAUCGCGCUAAAGCAGUGCCGACAAGAACUGAGCGAGAGAAACAAAGAGCGCUGGUCUCUGGAGAUCCAGAUUAUGAAGAGGCUGGACCAUGUGAACGUGGUCGCUGCGCGGGAAGUUCCUCAAGGGAUGCAAAAACUGGUGGCCACCAACGACCUGCCGCUGCUCGCCAUGGAGUACUGUCAGGGAGGAGAUCUGAGAAAGUAUCUGAACGUCCUGGAGAACUGCUGUGGAAUGAGGGAGGGAUCCAUUCUGAUUCUCUUGCGGGACAUUUCUUCGGCUCUCACCUACCUCCACAGCAAGAGGAUCAUCCACAGAGACCUGAAACCAGAGAACAUUGUGCUGCAGCAGGGGGAGAAGAGGCUCAUCCAUAAAAUCAUAGAUCUCGGCUAUGCUAAGGAGUUGGACCAGAGCAGCCUCUGCACAUCGUUUGUGGGAACACUACAGUACUUGGCUCCAGAGCUUAUUGAGAGGCAGAAGUACACGGUCUCUGUGGACUACUGGAGCUUUGGCACGCUGGUGUUCGAGUGCAUCACUGGAUUUCGGCCAUUCUUACCAACCUGGCAACCUGUUCCCUGGCACAACAAAGUCAGGCUGAAGAACGACAACGACAUUGUAGUUUACGAGAGCCUCUCUGGGGACAUCCGCUUCUCCAAAAACCUGCCCCAGCCCAACAACCUCAACAGUCUGUUAUCAGAGAGGCUGGAAAAGUGGCUCCAGCUCAUGUUAAAAUGGUCGCCAAAGGAGAGAGGCAAAGACCCCAAUAACACGCCCAGCGACUGCUUCCACCAGCUGGAGUCCAUACUGCAGCUCAAGCUGGUUCAUGUCCUGAACAUGAUGUCUGCUAAAAUCCUGAUAUACGCCAUCUCGGACGACGAGACGGUAGCCAACCUUCAGCUGAGGAUUGAAAAAGACACCAACAUCCCUGCAGCCCAUCAGGAGCUGCUGCUGGAAGCGGGGCUGGUCCUGGAGCCAAACGCGCUCGCCUCUCAGUCCGCAGUGGAUUACAUGGAGGUAGAUGGUCGACGAACAGACUACACUCUUGUUUUCUUGUUUGAUUGCUCCUCUUGCACGUAUGAGCCCCAGUUUAGUCCUCGGAUACUUCCAGAAAAUAUCCGCUUCAUCCAAAAAGAUCCCAGGAUUUCUCUUCCGUACAGCCAGCUGAGGAGGACUUGCGGCCAAGUAUGGCACACCAUCCGCUCCCUGAAGGAAGACUGGCAGCGGCUGCAGCAAGGCCAGAAAGCUGCCAUCAUGAGCCUCCUGCGGCACAACUCCACUUUGUCCAAACAGAAGAUUGAGAUGGUUUCCAUGUACCAGCGGCUGACAGCCAAGCUGAAUUUCUUCAACACCAGCCUUCACAUCGACAUGGACAAGUACAAUGAGCAGACGGCCACAGGGAUCGCGUCGGAGAAACUUCUGAGCGUUUGGAGGGAAAUGGAGCAAACUGCCCUGAGCUGUGGUCAGGCCCAGGUGACCGAACUGGAAGAGGAGAUGAUGAAGCUGCAGCCAGACAUCGUGGAUGUGCAGAGGCAGCCAUGGAGGAGCGGCGAGACUUUGGACACACUGGAAGGAAAAGCCAUGGAGUUGUUCCGCAAACUAAGAGAAAAACCCAGAGACCAGCGGAUGUCUGGAGACGGCACAGAGGCGGCCCGUCUGAUGGUUCAGGCGGUGCAGUUCUACGAGAAGAAACUCAGAGAUUUCUACACAGUCCUCAGUAAGACUGCAAUGUGUCGCCAUCGUGUGAUGGAGCUGCUGCCGAAGGUGGAGGAAGUGGUCCAGAAGUUGGCCGAGAGCGAACAGGUCCUGAUGGGUCUGCAGGAGAAACGACAGAAGGAGCUUUGGGACCUGCUGAAAAUCGCCUGUAGCAAAGUUCGAAGCCCUGUUAGCGGGAGCCCUGAUGGACUCCGGACUCCUUCAUCGGUGCCUCCUCUGUUGACCCCUAGAAACAGCUUGCAGCAGCAGGAUGAGUCUCUAGUGGAGGAGAGCAGGACGUUCGAGAGUCGCCUUCAGAGUUUACUGCACGAAACCAUCCAGGAGUCAGAGAGCAGCAUGGAGAUGCUGAAGGAAUGGACCUGGCUGCGAGGAGAGCAGAGCUUCUCCAGCGACCUCUCCUGAAAGUGAAUUUGCCUAAACGUGACUCUCUGCUGCCUCCGUGUGGUCGGUGACUGUACCAACAGGACGAUGUGAAACAAGUUCUCGAGUUUAACUGAGAUUCAUCGGAGGGAUCCCACAUUUCCAGGAAUAUGGAAUCUAAAAAAUUUACAUUCUAGGGUUUAUUUUGUAAAAUACUUAUUUACCAGGAGAUUGACCAUUUUUUAAAUUCUUUCGCAAUGGUUUUAACAUCUACAAACACUUAAAAAAAAAAAAAUUAUUUUAUCCUCAGUUUUAUCCUGUAAGGUGAAUGUAAAUAAUUUUAUGCAGAAAUGUAAGGCAAUCCAUUUCUAUGCUGGAUUUAUUCCUCUUAUGUACACUGAUACAAAUACAAUCCACCCUAUGGUGUGUCUUCUUACAAUAAUUUUUUAACAGACGCUUUAUUUUUAACCCAAAUUAAAAAUAAAAUUACUGGUUAUUACACACUUUAUACCACUAGCCCUGUAAAUAUCUUCUAAUCCCAAUUUAUUAUUUCAGGUGUUUACUAGAAGAAAUUAAGAGGUAUUUUUAUACUUGUACUAAUUUUAACUCAUUUUUAUGUUUUGAGUGAAAGAAUGCUUUUGGUAACACAUUUCUAUAAAUGUGGUGUCCUCUCUGUCACAGUUUUACUCAUAAACACAAUCUGAAAUAAACCAGAUACUGACAAUUUAA